UGCUCCACAUAAACCUCACUUACAUUUCCUUUCUCAUUUUAUACAUGCCGCUCUAAAAGCUCUCACUAAUAUCUCGCCGGAAACAAUGGCGGAAUCCGACCAAACCUCCGGCAACUCAUCAAACUUCUCCGUCACUAAGAAAACUCCAAUCCUCGGUCUCAGACUCUACACUCUAAUCCUCCUCACAAUCGCAGCUCUGAUCAUCGUCUUCGCCGUCAUCUUUUGUUAUCUCCGGUCAUCGAGACGCCGGAGAGCGCAAUUGCGGUACAGCUCCGGCCUGCUACCGUUAGUCAACAAGGAGAUCACCGAGAGCAAGCAAGAAGAUCAUGUAAAAGACGUCGAAGUUGUCAAUUUCGAGAAGACGAGUGCGCCGAAUUUGAGUGGAGAGAAGAAAGGAAGCUUCGCGAGCAACGAGUCGAGUUCGAGUCGAGCUGAGUCAGUGUCGGUGGCGGCGGCGGAGGGCGUGAAUAUAGGGUGGGGGAGGUGGUAUAGCUUGAAGGAGCUCGAAACGGCGACGUUUGGCUUUAGUGUGGAGAAUGUCAUCGGCGAAGGCGGGUAUGGAGUUGUGUACAAAGGAGUGUUUAGUGAUGGCUCAGUUGUUGCUGUCAAGAAUCUGAUGAAUAACAAGGGUCAGGCAGAAAGGGAGUUCAAGGUGGAAGUGGAAGCUAUUGGGAAAGUAAGGCAUAAGAACCUUGUAGGUUUGAUUGGUUACUGUGCUGAAGGUUCGCAGAGGUUACUUGUGUAUGAGUAUGUUGACAAUGGCAAUUUAGAGCAGUGGUUACAUGGUGACGUAGGGCCUGUUAGCCCUUUGAGCUGGGAAAUCAGGAUGAAGAUUGCUAUAGGGACGGCAAAAGGUCUGGCCUAUUUGCACGAAGGGCUUGAACCCAAAGUUGUGCAUCGUGAUGUUAAAUCCAGCAACAUACUUCUGGAUCGUAAGUGGAACCCGAAAGUAUCGGAUUUUGGACUUGCCAAAUUGUUAGGAUCUGAAAUAAGCCAUGUGACUACACGAGUGAUGGGUACAUUCGGAUAUGUUUCACCAGAUUAUGCAAGUACAGGGAUGCUAAACGAAGGGAGUGAUGUAUAUAGUUUUGGUGUUCUGCUCAUGGAAAUAAUUACUGGAAGAAAUCCAAUUGAUUAUUCUAGAGCCCCCGGGGAGAUGAACUUGGUUGAUUGGUUUAAAGUGAUGGUUGCAAGUCGUCGUGGAGAAGAGUUGGUAGAUAGUCUCAUUGAAGUACAUCCACCACCUAGAGCAUUAAAGCGCGCAUUGCUUGUGUGCCUUCGUUGUAUAGACUUGGAUCCCCUGAAGCGGCCAAAGAUGGGGCAGGUUGUUCACAUGCUUGAGGCAGAAGACUAUCCUUUUCGUAGUGAACCCCGUUCAGCUCGCGAGACAGCCCCAAUCCGCCCCCCUGAAGCUGAUGCCAAGAAAGGUCCAUAAGUCUCCUGGGACGCUGUGCUGGCGACGAUAAUUAGAUAUAGAAGUGGAAAUUCAGAUGUUGUGUGUAAAAAGGUAAAGUGUGACCAAGUUUUGUAGAGUGUAUAUGUAAAUUUAAUCUAUAUAGAAGGUUGGUAUGGACAAUACCAUAUUGUUAUCAAAGAAUCAAAUACUUCUCUACCUUUUCCCUUCUGAUUUGAUGCAGCACUCAGUUUCGGAAAAGCCUUUUUUUGUAUAUACAUGUAUUAUUACCA